AGUGGUCUAUACCUUCUCCAUGAUUUGGGCCUUGCAUAGGUAUAGUAUAUGUUUGGCUGCUUGGGUCCCGACCAACAACCUUCUCGCCACUUGAUUAAUAAAGGCUGAGUAUUUGCUUCCCCUCUACUUCCUCUACUCAUCCUAAUGGCUCUUCCACUUCAUAUCCCGCAUUGUAUUUGCACUCUUGCUUAUUCCCUUCACCCACCACAGUUAGAAAAGCCGGUGAGGGUCCAGAUUGAAGGUCCAUUGGUAUCUACCCAGAAACUUCUUCCGGAGGUACCAUGGCAUGUUGAUGUCCGCAACCCAAUAUUUCCGCAGCCGGCUGGCCUGGAUCUCGCAAGACUAGCGUACCGGGCUAUAUACGGACAUGAUGCCGAUAUUUCUGUCGAAAAUGAUAUGAUUGUGCGAGAUGAGUACCUGGGCUGGGUGCACGAGAAGAAUGAAAUUGAUUAUUACGGCGUUACAUUUGAUCAUCUUGUUCCCGACGACGAUUACUUUCCCGAGGUCCUACAGAUUAAUAUCUUGGAGAUGGACGAGGACGAGGGAGAGUACGCAAACACGUACCUGCCAUUCAUAGUAGAUCCCGCGGAAUAUAUCGGGAAGAAGAUACUGGCGGUACCAAGGUGCUGUCAGAAGAGGAAGGGAAGUACGGACAGGCCGAGAGUGAACGGUUCGGUGACCCAGAAAGAUCUUGUCCGGCAAGGGUUUGAUAGGGAAAUGAUGAUGAGUUUGUUGGUAGCCCAUGGGGUAUUUUCCACGAAGAUCCUAGAGAAGCGGUUUGACAAAGUCCCUCAGCCGCGGAUAGGCCUAGCCCCCAAGGAGAAGGAAUAAUUCUACUGCUAUUAUGCUCAUGGGGUACGGGACUGCGUAGUUUUUAGUAGUGUGUUGUCAGUCUGUUAGUCCGUCGGUUUGCGUGGUGCAGCGAUCAGAACAGGACUAAGCUCUGU